AUGGGCCAUUUCAACUGGCCGUCGAUUCCGAACGUUCCAGAAAGAGUGACACGGUCGAGUGGCGUCGAGAAGAAGCGCCACCAGCAGAUCAAAGCGAACGUCGCCGGUGCAAUGAAUAAGCAUGAGCAAUCAGACGUGUCUGCAUUCGACGUUGGAUUUGAAUUAAACGCUCCGGCGGGCGGUGGUACGUCGCCAACGGAUGAUAUAUUGGAGCCGUCACGUGGGAGAUCCCACAUCUAUCGAGAGGUAGCGCGUGUCAAUUUGUUUCCAGAAGAAACGGCGCCGAGUGUGCUUCGACGCAACGCCGUGAACACGCCGCUCGGUGCUCAGUUGAGAACAAGUGAGGCGCGC